CUUGUUCAUAGGAUGCAGUGUCUGGCAUGGGGUCUGAGGGGCAGACCCUCAGAAAGCAGCCCAGAUGGCAGACCGGUGGGAGAGCUGGCCUUCAGGAAGACGCUGCGGAGUGGGGAGCUGGGAGCACUGGACUGGGAGUCGGGCCGAGGCCCACCUUGGUGCAGGGCAGGAGCCCUUGCUUGAGAGCUCAGCUGAGGGUGCCUGAGCUGGGAAGCAGGCCACCUCGCUUGUUUGGGGGCGUGCCUGUGGGUGGGGCGCCUGAGGGCCUUUGGCCAUGUACAUGGUCACCCAUCCUCACCUCCGCUGCCUGCUCGCCCAGCUUGGGGGUGAGGAGGAAGUGAGGUUCACAGGCAUUGCUGACACUUCUGGGUGUGUGCAGGGAGGCCUGGGAGGGCACCGCGUUCUCAGCUGGGCCCCCGGCCAGCUCCGCCCUUUCCGUCCCUGCGGUGCUGGCUGCUGAUUGCAGGGGCCAGGCUGCCUGUCUGGGAGCUGGGCUCAGAGCCCGGUUCCCAGCAAGGCAAGGCCUCUGGGGACCCUGUGUGCUGGGGCUCUAUCCACCCCGCUCCACCCUCUUCUGAGGUCUCCAGGCUGGCUAGGCAGACCUUGCGUGCUGCUGACCAGCCUGGGAUUUAUGGACAGGGCCGCGGGGGGCAGCUCUGAGUACUGCCGUGCCCAACAUCGCUGCCGUGCCUGCUGCUGAAGAGGCCCCGGUGCCUCUGGCCCUCACCAUUGCCCUCGCCCGCCGAUGGCCUCCGCUGCCCGGCCUGGGGCCGCCUCUGCCGCCUGAGCCCCCUGCCCCCUUCCAGGACUCGCCAUACCCCAAUGGGGUAACGUGACAGAGGCCCUGUGAGUCAGAGCCACCCACCACCACGGCUGCUGCUUGUGACCCCACCCCAAGGCCACCCUGUGGGUUCAGUUCAAGUGCGUUUUCCUCUGGUCUUGGGGACUUGGGGCCUGCCUUUGAGUGAAGGGGGCCGUUCCCCUGCCCUCGGAUGCGGGGAGGGUGUCCGAGCCCCGGACCCAGCCACGGUGGCCAGAUUCACUUCGGGCUUGUUAAUGGUUUCCCUGCGUUCUUUUUGGUUGUCAUCAUUUUGAUUUUUGCCCUCUUGUACUGAUCCAGCUUUGAGAGGCAGGGGCUGGGACCGGCUUGCUUUACAGCCGGGGCUCCUUGUUGCUCUUCUUUUUUAGAGUCGGAUUGUUUUUUUAAUCCUCUGGGCAUCGGGCAGCGUGUCCCCUCCAAGUAUUUGCACAAUAUUUGUGCGGGGUGUUGGGGGCAGGUUUUUUAAAAGCUUCUCUCUCUUGGACAAGCACAGGGGUCUCGUUCUCCCCGGGUUUGGGGCCGGUGGAGGCUUCUCCCGCCGGGCCCAGCGGGGCCCCAGCCGCUCUGCAGCGCCUUCCUGGGCCCCGCCCCGUCUCAGGGAGGACCAUGGCGCGCAUGAACCGGCCCGCCCCUGUGGAGGUGAGCUACAAGAACAUGCGUUUCCUCAUCACCCACAACCCCACCAAUGCCACCCUGAGCACCUUCAUCGAGGACCUGAAGAAGUAUGGCGCCACCACCGUGGUGCGUGUGUGUGAAGUGACCUACGAUAAGGCCCCUCUGGAGAAGGACGGCAUCACUGUGGUGGACUGGCCAUUUGACGACGGGGCGCCCCCGCCUGGCAAGGUGGUGGAGGACUGGCUGAGCCUGCUGAAGGCCAAGUUCUGUGAUGACCCUGGCAGCUGCGUGGCCGUGCACUGCGUGGCCGGCCUGGGACGGGCUCCCGUCCUCGUGGCCCUGGCCCUCAUCGAGAGCGGGAUGAAGUACGAGGACGCCAUCCAGUUCAUCCGGCAGAAGCGGCGAGGAGCCAUCAACAGCAGGCAGCUCACCUACCUGGAGAAAUACCGACCUAAACAGAGACUGCGGUUCAAAGACCCGCACACACACAAGGCCAAAUGCUGUGUCAUGUAGCUCAGGGGCCCGGGCCUGGGGCCCACCUCGCCCUGCUCUGGGCCUUGGCUGCUUCCAGCUCACCUUUCCUGCCUGAUACCUCAGGGCACCUGCGUCCAGGUGGUCCAGCUUGCCCCAUGCCCUUUGCUUUCUGCCUGUCUCUGGAUGGGUGUCUCUCUCCAUCUCUGAGUCUCCCUGGGUCUCUGUGCGCUUGCGUCUCUCUCUAGCUCUGUGUCCGGCGUGUCUCUGUGAGCUGUUUAUUUCAGUCUGUCUGUGUCUCUGUCUCUGUGCCCUCAGCUGUGCCUCUCUGAGGCUCUGUUUGCCCCCCAACCUCCCAGUCCCUGGCACUCCUGCCAGCACCCUCCACACAUGCCCCUAGGGCAGCUCUUUUCUGGCCCAUUUGUUCAAAGCCGGGGGCAGAUCUGUUUUUUAACCACUGGGCCCUACCCCUCCUCUGUGGCCCCUUGUCCUGACCUAUUCUCAGCACCUUAAAUUAUUGGGUCUGGGGGCGGUCAGAUGUUCUGGACACUCGAAGGCAAUAAAACAGGACUCUGUGA